AUGCGAACCCAGAGUACCUCGUUUGCCUCCGGGGAGCUAGCCCUCGAAAACACAGCAAGGAGAACGGUCUACAUCAUACUACUGGAUAUUCACAGAAAGAUUGCCGCAAUCAGUGCGCCACCUCACAAGCUUGCUCACAAAGAUCGAAAAUUUUCGCAAACUGUAGGAUGUGAUGAAGUUUUCAACCACCUUAAGAAAGCACCAGCACCUAUCCUAAAAUACCCAGAUUUAUCGGAUGCUGAAGAAUUUGUCUUAAACACGGACAUAAACUUGAGCCUAACUACUGUAACACAACGUGAAAUGCUUGCUCUGGUGUACUUCUUUCAACACUUCCAGCCCUACCUGCUUGGCUGGCACUUCCUUGUCAGCACGGAACAUCACUUACUCCAGUGUUUGCAGAGUUACCAUGAUCCGUAUUGUCAAGUUUCACGCUGGUAG